CGCCGUUACGAUUAUAAGAUCGGGAGAAGCCGGCCCCACAAUCCCGACCGACGUCGUCCAUCACACUCUCGUCCCGGUCUCUCUUUGGCGCCUGGAGAACCUCCGCGCCCGACCCGCUCCUCCACCCCGCCAUGACCGCCGCCACCGCCCCAGCGCCCGCCGACCGCCCCGAGCUCCGGACCUUUGCCGCCAUCGUGUGCAAGGAGUGCUUGUACCUCGAGUUUCCCGGCUGCGACGUCCAUGGCCUUCUGUACACGGAGCCUGUGCACGAGGGCGGCGAGCUCCACGCCAAGUGCCCCAAGUGCUCGGCGGCGACACACAACCAGCGCCCGUUCCGCGAAGGCUGCCGCCGCUGCAAAGGCAAGACCAGCAUUGGCAUGUGGAACUCGAGCGGGAACGAGAUCGCCCAAGCCUUCCGCUUUUUCCCAUCCCGCGUCGAGGAGAUUGACCAUGCCGUGCUGCAGUGCGAAGAGCGCGGCUGUGCGAGCGUCGUCUUUCCGAGCUCGCGCGAGCGCGUGCUCAAGGUCUCCAACUUUCAGCUGAGCAUGCCCCAUAUCGCGGGCUGCCCGCGGCAGGGCAUGCCUCUGCACACGAUGGCCGUGCGCCUACCCAAGAGCGAGCUCAAGUUUGUGCUCGAGCGCAUCGACAUGUGCCCGCUCCCGACGCGCAUUUGCGCAGGACCCACGUAUCGGAAGCGGCAACUGGCGCCGCCCCAAGACACCAACCAGCUGCAUCAGAUCUACUUGCGCAUCUUGACGACGAUCCUCAAGACGUUCGACAGCAACUCGCCCGCAGCCUUGGAGCCGCUCAAGCAGAUUGGUCUCAUCUUUGCCAAGUCGGACGCCAUGUCCAUCUUUCACGACUGGUCGCCGCCGUCGGACGUGCCAAGAACCGAGAUGCUGCCCCAGCGCGCAGUGUGCACGGCCCAAGUCGAUGACGCGCACGGCGCCGCCUCUGUCGUCGAGCAUGGCACGACGUACUGGAAGGUCGAGUGUGCCCCGGGGCAGUCCGCCUCCAUUGAGCUCGUUUUUGAGCCGCCCAUUUCGGUCUCGGCCAUCUCGCUGCAGUGGCACGCCCAGCGCUACGUGUGCAGUGCGUACACGUUGUACGCAUCGACGGACAAGGGACGUACAUACGAAGCGAUCGCGAGUGUCGCCAAGCCGAUGCUGCAGCACCGCGUGACGUUGGCGUCGGCCCUUGAGAAUGCGUCGCAUGUCAAGCUCGUUCUCGACAACAUAGCUGGUAAAAGCCACCGUGUUUUUGGCCUCGAGAGCCUGCGCGUGUACGAUACCAAGUUCGAGGUGCUCUAUACACCGCCGAACCAGCUCCUUCAGGACCUCAUGGCGUGGAUAUCGGCGGCGACGACGUCGACGAUCCCGUCCAUUCGCGUCUUGGCCCUGCAGCUGCUCCAAAAGGUCGCGCUCAUGUCUGGGUCUCUCUGCGGCCUCUUGCAUGUGGUCAAAAGCAUGCUUCUCGCGGCCGAGACGGAGCUCGAUCUGGACGAAACCAUUGGCUUUGUGUCGCAGCUGUCGCAGUCGAUCCAGAAAACCAUGCUGCGCUCCAACUCGUCGGCUGACCACGCGCGUCUCGAGAAACGCAUCAUUCAGCAAAUGUCCAUGACCCUCCAGGACGAAGUGACGCGACGGACGAUCCAGAUCCUUCAAAACAUACCGGGCCUCGAAGUCUACUCGCCGCUCCAAGCCAGCAGCUUUCGAGUCCAGUCGUCGCCCGAGGCAGACCUUUUGGCCGCAUCAUUGUCCGGUGCAUCGGUGCGACCACCCGAGGUGGCGGGUCCGCUCUCAAGAGACCACGAGGCGCUGAGUGACUCGGAGCCGUCCUUGCAGCAGUACCCUGUCCUCGUCUUGCUCUUGUGCCAGCACUCAUUCCUCAAAUCGAUUCGGACGCGCACCGAGCUCUCGAUGGUCCUCCUCAGCAUUCUGAGCGAGCUCAGCGUGUGGCAAAUGCAACGCAUGCAAAAACCCGAAGUAUUUGUCGGCCGACGCGAGGAAGAGCUCAGUCGACUCGAAGAUCCGUUCUCGAUCCAAGUGUGUCCCGAGUUGUUUGACGUGUGCCACGACCUGCUGCAGACCAUAUUGGCGCCAUGGCUCUCGCCCGACAAUCCCACGCGGCGCUCGCUGUACGAGCAACUCGCCGAGGCGAGCGCGACGUUCCAGCGCCAUCUCGCAGCGUCGCCGUCGAAGAAUGCGCCGGAGCAGCCAUUCACUCCUAUCACGAUGGGCCUCGCAGUACUGCAGAUCAUAACGGCCAACGUGCGCCGGCUCGUGCUCUCGCAGGUCAACCCCGUCGACGUCGGGCUCGGGAUGUUGGACGACGAUGGCGUCGACCAGCCGCUCGUGCCCAUGAUUGCGUCGCUCGAAAAACUCAUUGGCCUCGGCACCAAGCAGUCAGACCCGCUCUUUGCUCUCUCGCUGCAAGCGGCGGCCGCGGUCGAAGUCGGCAUGGAAGCCUUUUACCCGUCGCCACAGCAACGGACCGCGCUGCUCACUAACCGCAUGGGCUCGGGCGCGACGCUUGAAUUUCAGCUGCGCUGGCCUGUCCAGGAGCGCGAGCAAGAAGACCCGCGCUACGAGCGUCUCAUCCUAUUGCUCCAGCUCCUGUGCAUCAAGCAUGGCUACGUCCAUGCGCUGCGCGGCCAAUGGGGCGUCUAUCUGCAUUUGGUGCUCCAAGUGCCGGACGACGCGUUGACGAGCGACGUGCUCACGCAGCCGAUCGCCGAAUGCAUUGCGCAGGCCGGGUUUGCGUCGUGGCGCGUCGUCGCCGGCGCCCAAGAAAUCUCGAUCACGCUCCAGCGCCACUUGCACUGGAACCGCGUCGAGAAGAUGUCGCACGACUCGGGCUCGGGCUGGAUCCGCGUCUACCCGCGUGACGUCGCGUCGUUCAAUGACGUGCUCGCCGAGGUCGAAGCCUUUGCUGCGACGCCGACAUUGAAGAAAACGUGAUAGUACAUACAAGAAGAAGAGCGAUAACGUACAGC